AUGGACGUGCAGUUGGUUACCCUGCAUAGCGGGACGGUGGGCACUGACGACGGCAGCGGUGAUCACCCGACUGACCCCAAGGACGGCGCCUACGACCAGGGCGUGGAUCCUGGAAGCAGCGAGAGCAGCAGCCAGAGCGAGGAGGAAGAAGACGGGGAGGAAGAGGAGGAGGGGCGGGAAUCCGGAGAUCCGUACGCCGAGGACGACGACGACGACGACGGCGCGGAAAUGGCCGACGACAUCGUCAAACGGAAGACCGCUUCCUCCUCGUCGACGGCCGCGCCGUCCUCCUCCUCCAAGGCGCACCGACGCACGGAGAGGUCGGUGCCUGCGACCGGAACCCUGCUUCCGCCUCCCAGGCCGUGGAGAGAGCGCGGAAAGGACUUCGGCCUGCCAGUGCCUGAGGACCGUUGGUCAAAGCAUGUGGCGGCCAAGCGACGCGAAGCACAACUCAUCCGCCGAAGUCUGCAGGACCAGCUCAGGAUGAAAGCGCUGCAGUGGAGGCAGAAGGAGAACCACUUCCACCAGCGUUACAAGCCAGCAGUGGCAACCUGGAACCAUCUAACCACUCACAAGCUAUUUGUGGGUUUAAACUUUGGACUGAGCCCAGGUACACGCGAAGGGAUGCGAAAAAGGUGCUGCUGACAACCUUUCGGCACCCUCAAAGCAGCACACCAACACACUCUUUAAAACGUCGCAUCUUUCUGAGCGCACUUUUGUCACGAAACUGUAAUUGUCACAACUCAUAUGCAGGAAUUUUUUGUUCUUUGACACAACAUGUCAUGUUUAUCCCCAACAAGGAUGCUGUGGUGCACUUGCUAUGGCAUAUGGCUACGCAAUGCUGUGGUUUGACUUUGAGCUCCUUUUUGUCUCCACCAAGUGUUGGCCCGCUAUUUCUCGAGUGAAGUAGAUGCUACACUUCAGUGUUCCUGCAACUCUAAUGAUAAGGAGCUGCUUGAAAUACACACAUGCUUAGUGCUUGCAAAUGGCCACUGAGAGUGUUUAGUCCCGAAAUUUCAGCUUGGGGAUACAGUCUGUAGAGAAGAGAGAGAAACGGGGUAGGAAAGGCAAGGAGGUUAAUCGGAAUACAUUCUAGUUUGCCACCCUGCACUGGAGCAAGGGCAAGAGGAAAUAGCUUAUACAGCAUAUGCUUCCGAUGCAUCAGCAUCAAGCAUGGAGGGUUAAAGAAAAGAAAUACCCCUAGAUUGAUGAUUUUUGUUACGUGACAAAGAACACCCCUCACUAAUACAUAGUGCACAUCUUUUUAGAGCACCAAAAGUUCCAUGGCAUAAAGGGCACUAUAGAGCACCUUCAACACCAAGAAAGGGUGAUGUAGUAGUGGUGUCAUUACAGGAGGGCUGGCAACCCAAGUUCCGUGCUUUGAUAGGCGUCAGCACAAACGUUCAUGUGACACAAAACUGCGCAUAGAGCACAAAAUAGAGUGCACUUCAUGGCUAUUUGAAUUCCCAAGCAAAGCAUGCAAAUGUAGAAUGUGCUUCUGAGCAGCCUUUGAAGAAUGCCUUGAUGCAAUCCCAGCAUGUGCAGUGAUUUAUAAACGGAUAACUAUUCAAAUUUCUGUAUCCAAUAACACCAAUUUGUUUACAGUUGCCUAGCAGGAAACUGCGGAAGGCCUAGGCAUCAAACACCCAUGCAUUAAAGCUUGUGUACUCACGUGGUGAGAGAUGGCAUGCCUCACUGCCAUCCAGGAUCACACAAAUCCUUGUACAGUUGAACCUCGACAUAAUGAACAUGGAUAUGGUUAAUUAUGGCAUAUAAUGAAGUAAAUAUAAAAUGUUAGUGCAUAGAGUAAAUGUAUAUGCUAAUAUCUAAUAUCAGAGAUGAAAGAUUUUUGGGUGUCAGAUGUGGCUCUGUUAGAAAGAGGUUCAACUGUAGCACUUUUGACUGCUGUCCUGUGCAAACAUCUAUUGAAGUCAUGCUCGAGUGUACAUUUCCUCUUCAGCAAAGCUCUUUGUACGUUUGCCAAGUGCAGUGGUGAACAGCUAGUGUGUUCAUCCUAAGAUCAUCGCAGCUCUUUAGGUCUACUUCCGUGAUGCAGUGAUGGCCUCCGAAAUUUCACAGGCACAUUACCAUUACCAUAUGGCAAUGUGAUUCAGUGCAUGUCGCUAUCGCUUGUGUAGUAAUGUGUGCACAUUAGCAUUGCUGACAGAAAACAAACACGCAUGCACUGUUACAUAAAAAGUGGUCCUGGUUAUUGCUGCAUGAUUAAUGUACUAUCAGCGUCAAAUGAAAGCCGAACAUCGGAGCGCGUGCCA